UCCGCAUAUUUCGAAAGGAAAUUAAAUCCCGGGCACCAAACUAUUAUUUCUUUUCGGGAAUAAACGAUAAUUACGCCGAAAUUUUUACUCCCGUCCGUCGUGGCGGCGGUGAGAAAAUCGUCCGGACGGAUAUCCGUUGCCACCGGCCCGACCGGUCAUGUGACUCGAGCGUCACGUGAUCUCCCCGACCGUCCCGUUUUUCGAUUUUUUGGGUUUUUAGAUUUUUGUACGGAAAAGGAAAGCCAAUAACGGAGGAUGGAAGUUCGGUAACGAGGAUGAGAAGCCCGUCUUCGGAACAGAGAUCCACUUGGACAGCAGGUCGCGUUUGUUCUCUCAAGUACCAAGAGACUUUUUUCCAGAAUUUGUGUUUGACUACUGAAUUGUUCAAGUACCGAGAUACCACCGUGUUCGUCAUUUUUACGAAUGAAGUAAUCAUUCGUAGAAAUUCAGAAUAAUUAUGGGAAACUGCCUUUCGAGAUCAAGUAGUACUUCUUACAUCCCACCUACAACUAGUAAAGACACUAUUGACAUACCUACUGAUGAUCAUAUUCAUCCAAGCAACAACAGUGGCAAUAAUGUCCUUAAAGCCCAUACAAAUUCUCAAGAUAGAUAUACAAAAUCUCCAACCAAUGCCCUCUGCCAAAGUAAUGCUGUUAAUUCAUCUAUUCAGGAAUUAAAUAGAGCAGGUAAAAUCGUAGUUGCUUUGUACACUUACAAUGCUCGAGAUGACGGAGAUCUUAGUUUCAGAAAAGGUGACCGUCUUAUUAUAUUAGAUGACAGUGACCCCGAUUGGUGGCAUGCUCGUCUCCUAUUCAAUCAACAGACUGGUUACAUUCCACGAAAUUAUGUUGCACCCGAGAAAACCGUUGAAAGUGAAGACUGGUUUUGUGGUCGAGUAUCCAGAAAAGAAGCUGAGAAAAUGCUGUUACUUCCAUCAAAUCCCAGAGGUACCUUUCUGAUAAGAAACAGCGAACAAACAUCAGGAGCAUUUUCACUUUCUGUUCGAGACUGGGAACCACAGAAAGGAGAUCAUGUUAAACAUUAUAAAGUUAAGGCAUUAGAUAAUGGAGGAUUUUAUGUCACAACUCGCAAAACAUUUGCAACUCUACAAGAACUUAUCUCUUAUUAUUCAGAGGCAGCAAAUGGUUUAUGUCACAAGCUUACUAUACCAUGCCCUAAACCAAAACCUCAUAUGUGGGAUUUAUCUCCAGAAACUAGAGACGAAUGGGAAAUUCCUAGAGCUUCACUUCAAUUUAUGAGAAAAUUAGGAAGUGGAAAUUUUGGUGAAGUAUGGCAUGGAAUGUGGAAAGGAACAACUGAAGUGGCCAUUAAAACACUUAAACCGGGUACCAUGGAUCCGGCAGCAUUCCUCCAAGAAGCAUCCAUCAUGAAAAAGUUCAGACACGAAAAACUAGUCUCACUGUACGCAGUGUGUUCAAAAGAAGAACCAAUCUACAUUGUCACUGAAUACAUGUGCAAUGGAAGUCUGUUGGACUACCUGAGAAAUCGAGAAGGCAAGCAUCUGAAAUUACCGGCGUUGAUCGACAUGGCUUCACAGAUUGCCAGUGGAAUGGCUUACUUAGAAUGCAAACAGUUGAUUCACAGAGAUCUGGCUGCCAGAAAUAUUUUAGUGGGAGAAAACAACAUUGUCAAAGUAGCAGAUUUUGGCCUGGCCAGAAUCAUAGAAGACUCUGAAUAUACUGCGAGACAAGGUGCCAAGUUCCCCAUCAAGUGGACUGCACCGGAAGCGGCCCUGUAUGGUAAGUUCUCCAUCAAGUCAGACAUCUGGUCCUAUGGCAUCCUCCUGUAUGAGCUGGUCACCCAUGGACAGGUUCCAUAUCCAGGCAUGCACAACAGAGAAGUGAUCGAACAGGUAGAAAGAGGAUACAGGAUGCCCAAGCCCAACAACUGUGAGUGUCCGGACUCUGUCUAUGCGGUCAUGCUGCAGUGUUGGGACGGAGAUCCGGAAAAGCGACCCACCUUUGAAUUCCUCUUUGGACACUUCGACGACUAUUUUGUCUCCACCGAACCCAGUUACCGGGAUGCCGAAGAGUUCUGACGCUCCCUUCCCCGAUGUCGACAGAGGACCAAAAGCGCCCGUGUUCUUUUUUACUAAAAAAAAAAAAAAAAAAAAGUUCGGCCUCCUUCCGAAAAACUAUUUUUUUUAACUUUAC